UCUGGAUUGGAUAAAGAAGAAAGAUCCAGGAGUGGCAUUUUAUUUGUGUUGGAAACACCCUGUGGAUGGGACAGACGAUCCCGAGCAGGGAGGACUGGAGGAGGAGAGGACCGGACAGUGAGAUGGGAUUGCUCUGGGCGUAGCAGCGGAUUGUUUCCUGGAAACAGCAGCAUGCCGGUACAACAGAUAACUGUGCUUCCAGCAAGAGAAACAGCUAGCAAUGGCAAGAGCGCACCUCGCUCCAAAAACAAGAAUGAGGGCAGGAAGGGACCUGGGCGCUCAGGGAGUCGCUCCAGCAGCGUUUCUAAGGCUAGCAACUCUACAGCUGGAGUCACCACGGCCUCAAGGACAUCGAUAACAGCAUCUCCUCAGGACAUAUGCAGUUGUAGCCCGCUGACCCAUUUAGAGGAGGAUGUUUCUGACUCACACAAACGCAACAAACACACACCCAGUUCCUCUACCAUGACCGUCAGCGGCUCAGCUGUGAGUUCCUCGGCUCAGGCUCAGAAGAAGCGACCGAAGAGACACCACCGCCAUAAGAGAAGCAGCUGCAACACCUUUGACUGUGUGGAAUCCAAUGGCAAACCGGAGAACAGUGACCAGAGUCCCAGCUCUGAUCGAAGUGAGCAAGCAGAGAAGAGGGAGCGCUCCCACAGGAACCGUAGGGAACUCCCACCACGCCUCCGGUGCUCAGGUACCCAGCAGUCCGACUCCUCCUCUGAGGAUGAGGCGUGGCGGGAGGCCCGCAGCUGGAGCAAAGAGAAAGCACGAAGGGCACGGCAUCGCAGCCUAAACAGCCAAGAGAGGGAUGCAACAAAUGGGCAAAAUGGAGGAAAAGAGAAAGCAGAGAUGAUGGAGCUGCAGUCCAUAGAUUCAGCUGUGGGGAAAGAGAAUCAGCCUCUGGUGGAGGACAGCGGUGGCCUCAAAAAGCGCCACAGCACCAGGAGCUCUAAGAAGAGGGACAGCCGUGUUUCACAGAGGGAGAGAUCGCAGAGCAGAGAAGCGGAGAAGAUUAGCUCCAAGUUACAGAACCAGAGAGGCAGCUCCUUAAUGGCAGAGGAUGGCGAGGAGCUCAUCACCAAGAAAUACCAGGAGCGCGGUUCAGGAGAUGGAGACAUGUCUGUGCCGACACCACAGAAACACUGUGGUGUGAACGGGGGCACACCAAGACUCAGUUGUGAUGACUCUGAGCUGGAGGUCUGCAGGAUCUGUCACUGCGAGGGGGAUGAUGAGUGUCCACUGAUCACACCGUGCCACUGCACUGGAAGCCUGAGCUUCGUCCACCAGGCCUGUCUCAACCAGUGGAUCAAAUCCUCAGACACUCGCUGCUGUGAGCUCUGCAAAUUUGACUUCAUCAUGGAAACGAAGCUCAAGCCUCUUAGCAAGUGGGAGAAGCUACACAUGCCAAAGAGCGAGAGGAGGAAGAUCUUCUGCUCCGUGUUGUUCCACCUGAUAGCAAUAGUGUGUAUGCUGUGGUCCGUCUUCAUUCUGGCCAAGAGAACCACAGAAGAGAUCAGACUCGGGAAGAACGAUGAGUUGUGGAGAGGUACUCUUCUGAAGUACUAUUCAACUGAGGGUGUGCUGGAGUGGCCCUUCUGGACCAAGCUGAUUGUGGUGGGCAUUGGCUUCACAGGUGGCCUCGUCUUCAUGUACAUCCAGGGUAAAGUCUACUUGCAGCUGUGGCGCCGCCUAAAGGCCUUCAACCGCAUCAUCACUGUGCAAAACUGCCCAGAGAAAAACCUGCACAAGCCCCAGGCCAACGGGAAGCAUGAGACCGUGGAAGUCCCUGUCCCUCAGAUCUCCAUCCCUGCUCCAGAGACACAAAUGGACUCUGACAUGUCUGUGGAGGCAGCCGUGGCACCAACACAGAGCCCCGUCUGACUUAUUAUGAAUGUAGAAUCUGCUUUUGCUCAUGCAUCCAGAGCCUUCUGCGAUUACUCCUGUCAGAUUCACGGAAACCGACGGGAGUAAAAGCUGAUCCAAGAGCAUAAAGCAGAAACUGUAUAGAUCAGAAAAGGGGACAGAAAAUUAACCAGCAGCAAACUAAAGCUGUGACUAAAUGGCAUAUUGAUGCCAUUUCAUCUGUAAGCACUUUCUAAACUUGCACUGAUACUAAUUAAAAUUGUGAAAACCCUGAAGAUGCUUUGGGUUUAAGGUCUCAGUAUGCUUCAAAUGAACCUCACACAACAGGACUCUUUAAAUCCAACUGCAUUUGAUUCAAAUGGCUCACGGAGAUGCACUUUAACUAUAAAUCUAAUCAUGUUUCAGUUUGUUUGCAAGUCAUCACAUCCAUCUUUGUGUUUGUCUUCUCCCUUAAUUCUUCCAAUUUUCACUUUAUUUUUUACAAGCUUGAACAUAUUUAUCUGAUGUGGGGUAAGACAGGUUGUU